GGAUCCAGGUAUGGACAAUGAAGAGGAUGCGUCAUGCUAUAUGGUCGAGGAGAAAGCCUUCGAGUACGACUAUGAUGAGGGAUUUGACUGGGAGAAUAUGACCGCAUCACAAUGCAAUUGCUCACAUCCAUUGCACAAAUUUCUGGAGGUCUGCGCAACCAGAUGUAUUGCUUUGCCCAACACGCUAUUGUUUGGUCUAACCGAAGAAGAAUUAUUCGAAGCUGCAUUACCAGCACUUAUGUACCUCAUCGUGUUUCUUGUUGGAACUGUAGGAAAUGCUAUGGUUAUUUUCGUUGUUAAUCGCUUCAAGCGAAUGCGGAACGUUACCAAUGUCUUCUUAGCCUCGCUCAGUACUGCCGAUUUGUGCUUAAUUUGGUUUUGUGUCCCUAUUAUGUUCGUAAAAUAUAUGUCUCACACUUGGUUUAUGGGUCGAUUUGCAUGCUAUUCAGUGCAUUACAUCCAACAAUUUACUUGUUUCUGCUCAGUUCUCACUAUGACUAUGAUCUCAUUUGAAAGGUAUCUAGCAAUAGCCUAUCCAAUGCGAAAUAUGUGGCUAUCGUCCAUAGGUCGAGCCAAAAAGGUGAUCCUGCUCAUAUGGUUAGCUUCUGCUAUUCUAGCUAUACCGACAGCAAUUCGAAUUGACUAUGAAACCAAUAUUUCCUUAUCUGGACAGAGAGUACACUGGUGUCGUCGGAGGUUUCCCAAUGGAUUUCUGGGAUACUCGCGGAUAAAAUUAAAUAGGAUUUAUGCCGUUUAUCAGAUGCUUCUUCUCAUCGUCUUUCCCGUAGCCACGAUGUCUGCCUGCUACGCCCGCGUCGCCAUCAUCGUUUAUACUUCGUCGAAGAGUAGACUAGUGCUUUCACAGGCGAUGGUGGCCUUUAGUAAGGCAGCCACUGACGCCGUGCACUUCUCCAGCUACAGUACCAUCCCGAUGAUUUCGACCAGUCGCGAGCUAAAAUCGGCAACCUGUACCAUCAAUGCUUACACCAAGCAUAAAAGUGCCAGAGUAGCAGAGGCCAAUAAAAAACAGAUUGUGCAAAUGUUAAUAUCGAUUGUGGUCAUGUAUACGAUAUGCUGGAUGCCAACCAUAAUUGACGAAUUACUCACGUCAUUUGGUUACAUCUGCCGGACAUCAAAUACGUCAUCUUUGAAGCACAUGCGGAUGGGAUUCAAUGCGCUGACAUACUGCCAAUCAUGCAUCAAUCCGAUCCUUUACGCCUUCAUCUCGCAAAAUUUCCGAGCCACUUUCAAGUCGGCCUACGCUCGGAUGAAGCACAGACUGCAGGGCAUGGAGGAAACGCGAUCAAGAAUGGGUUCAUGCUCCUCUGCGUCCAUGUUGUCAACAAGGAAUCAACAUCGUAUUUACGGGAGCAGUUUCAAUACUCUAACAGUUCCUGGAAGUUCACACAGGUCUGCAAUCACACCAAAUAUGUCCCGAGACGUGUCACAAUUAUCGCUUUGUCGGCCAGGAUCUUCACUUUCAUGCGUGAUCAAAGGUCCCAUAGCACCGGAUGCACCGUCUUCAUUCAUUACCAGGAAUCGAAGUGCAACCUCAAUAUCUCGAGAGUCUACUCGUCCACGAAGCCCAACAGAUGCUUCGCAGACGAGCCGACCGAAACAUUUUAUACGACCACGAAGUCCAACAACGUCAUCUCAAGCCUCAACGAUAGAACCUCUUAAUCGCUCUAGAAGUCCAACUAAUCACUCGGAAAUCUCUAUUGUUGUUACUUCCAGAAGCAGAAGCCCUACAAACACAUCUAACCAAACAGCAGACAAAAACUCGUCGAACAAAAGUCUGCCCGAGAAGGAUCUGCUGACUGUCUUGGAUGCAGUCCGACCUAGAACUCCGCCUUGCUUGUAG